AUGGGUGAUACCAAAUGCAGUAUCACGAAGUGUCCUGUGGAAAGCAAAGUUUCUGUUGUACUUGAACUGGGUGACAACAAGAAUGCUUCUGCAAAACCAAAAUCUUCCGUCCCUAUCUCAAACUCCGGAGGUAGUAUUGCGUCAAGCCUUAUCGAGCGUGACGCCGCAAUAGCGGCCUCGCUUGAGGCUCCCCUUCGUAGAAGUAGCCGUGGUAAAGGUCGAGCUGGAAAUAAUACUGGUGCUGGAAACGGUUCGACUGGCGGUGCUUCUACAGGAUCAGAUGAUCGCAUUCAGUCUUGUGUCGUCGGGGGUGUUGAGUAUCGUGCAGGCAAGCACAAUUUGCUAAAUAUAAAAUAG